AUGAUGAAGAAUUUCAGUAUGAACAAGGUGCUGGGCACCAUAAAAAAGAGAAAUAAUCCCGCAACUGAACAACCCCAAGACACUGCUGCGCGCUGUGUGGUACGUUUUUGCGCCAUUCGCUCUCCCCCGCUUGUACGGGAUACUGAUUGCGAUAUCUCUUGCAGAAAGCCUUUUGCGAAUCAAAAGGAAGCUCCACGAUCUGAGACAAAUGUGAUCCAGGGCGACGAUGUCAUCUACCUACCUGCUAUCGUCGAAGCCGCCGUUGCCUCGCCUGUCGCAGCGACCGAGUCCGCCCGAUUGAUCCGCAAGUUCCUGAGCCGCGACUACUGGAGCAGACCGGCGUGCCAGUACAAUGCCAUCAUGCUCAUCCGCAUCCUCUCCGACAACCCCGGCCCUGGGUUCACCAGAAACUUCGACAAGAAGUUCGUCGAUGUUUGCAAGGAUUUGUUACGCACCGGUCGCGAUUCCAGCGUUAGGCAGCUGUUGAUGGAGACAUUGGACACGUUCGAGACAUCCAAGGGGUACGACGAGGGGCUGAACCUCAUCAUCGCCAUGUGGCAGAAGGAAAAGAAGAAGGCCUACGAAGCAUACUCAGUGCGGUCACCUAUCACCUUUCGAUUGAGAUGUACUGACCUCGAGAUAGACCACACCAUCCACCUACGCCGUCCCCCGCAACCACAACGUGCCCCCCUACCCCCAGCAGUACCCCCAACAACCCCCUUCGCAAUACCCCCAACCCCCUCACCACCACAGCCACCACCACUCCUCUUCCCGAUCCAGUCGCCACCGCCUCCCCGACCCCAUCGAACUCGCCAAUCGCCUCGAGGAAGCCCGCACCUCAGCCAAGCUCCUCGAACAGCUCGUCGCCUCUACGCCCACCCAAGAAGUCCUCGCCAACGACCUCAUCAAGGAGUUCUCCGAGCGCUGCACCGGCGCCAGCAAGUCCAUCCAGGGCUCCAGCAAGCCCUCAACCAGCACCACCGCGCCGUCCUCCAAGCCAAGAAACACCUCGGCGAGGCCAGAUCGGACAACAACACCCCCGUUUCUCCCUCGAGCCAACAAGACCAACCCCCUGUCCCACCCAGAAAACCAAUGGGGAGUGGCUAUGGUGGGAACGGGUUUGGGGUAGCAGGCGGCGCGGGGUUUGGACCGUCAGGGUCGAGUUCAAGAAGCAACAGCAAUGGAAAGGGGAAGGCAUCUGCCGAACCGUCGUACCGGACGAAUAACCCCAACCCGGCGUAUGGACCUUCGGCGAGCAUGGCUGGGCCGUCGAGGUCGAAUACGGGUACUCCUGCGCAGCAGGAGGAUGAUCCGUUCCGUGAUCCUGAGCCGAGACUCUCGACGAACAAUAGGAGAGUCAGCGAGGAUGAGACGCCUAGGUUGGGGUAUGAGCCUUUUCAUCCCGGGUUUGGAGGGGGAGGGGCAGGGAACGGGAGUGCAGGGGAGCAGGUAGGGGCAGGGUCGUCGUCGAAGAAGAACAAGGAUGUUGAGCCGGUGACGCCCAUAUCGGAUGUGACGGAUGAGCAGGAGGAUGCGUACACCCGGGCUGCGAGGGAGAGGCCGACAGCUGGGGGGAGUGGGAGUGAGCAGGUGGUGAAGGACCCGGGGCCGCUGUACAGGUACUAG